AUUAACAGUGUUGUCACUGAACAAGAAGAUCGAAACGAAGUCUCUCUCUCUCUCUUGGUGAAUAAAUAAUGCUACUGAGAACGAAGAAGAUGGAGCAGCGCUGCACCUUCUCCUGUUGAUUUCAUGGCCUCCUCCCAGUCCCAGCAUCGCUGUGUUUUCGUUGGGAAUAUACCGUAUGAUGCCACAGAGGAACAGCUUAUUGAAAUCUGUCAGGAGGUUGGCCCUGUAGUCUCGUUCAGAUUAGUUAUUGACAGAGAAACUGGGAAACCAAAAGGUUAUGGUUUCUGUGAGUAUAAGGAUGAAGAGACGGCUUUAAGUGCUCGUCGAAAUCUCCAGGGUUAUGAAAUAAAUGGUCGGCAAUUACGUGUUGACUUCGCUGAAAAUGAUAAAGGGACUGAUAGAAAUAGAGAACAGGGUCGUGGUGGGCCUGGAAUGACAGCAAAUGUUGACCCUCAGAAACAAGGAGGCAGCCCAGCCGUCCAUGGAGAAGCUGUUCAACAUCAACCUAUUGGUCUUCAUAUUGCCAUAACAGCUGCAGCUGUCAUGACAGAAGCUCUAGGUGGUGCUCAGUUUGGCAUCCAGUCAAAUCAAAAUGGUUUGCAGAAUCAGUCAGCCUUGGCACGCGAUCCUUUAACUCUGCAUCUGGCCAAAAUGUCCAGAAGUCAGCUGACUGAGAUUAUCUCUGAGCUCAAGGGAAUGGCUACACACAACAAGGAACUGGCUCACCAACUGUUGCUUUCAAGGCCACAGUUGCCCAAGGCUCUUUUUCAGGCUCAGAUAAUGCUAGGAAUGGUGACCUCCCAAGUGUUACAAAUGCCAAACCUUAGGCUGGUCUCAGAUGAAACCUCACAGUCAAAAAGUGAAGGCCAGCUAAGUCAGCCAACAUUGGUUCAAAAUCUGUCUGGCCUACCUCCUCAUGGACAGAGCAAUUUGAACUCUGGUUUGAAGCCUUAUGUUCAAGAAGGCCAAAUCAGCACCAUACCUCAUAAUCCUUUGGCUCCUAGUCAAUUAACUGCACAUCCAAAGCAUCCAUUGCAGCCUCGAAUUCCGCUUCAUCAACAUCCUAGCAACCAUGCUAUGCAUCUGGGAACAUUAUCAGGGCAUUCUAGUUUAAUGCUUCCUGGUUUGCGUCCCCAGUCUGUGGGCAGUAUACCUGUUAGACCUCCAAUUCAACCGGCAACUUCAACUGCUCUGAACCAGCAAAUGCAUGCCUCCUUGCAACAGCAGCAUUCAAUACAUAUUGGAAGCUCAACUGUAGGACAUAAUGUCCCGAUGGUUCAUCCAGAUGCAAGCUUUCAGCCUGGCCCCUCCAUAUCAUCAGGUAUUUCUCAGUUAAUUAGUAAGGAAGGUGAUAGAUCUUCUAAAGUUCUUGAGGAUUUAAAUUGGGCCAAGAGAAGUAGUAGUGCAUAUUCAAACAUGCCUUUGGGAGUAGAGAAAACAAACAUGGUUCAUAAUUCUUCAGAAUCUUUUACUCGCCAGUCAAAGCUCAUGAAAUUGAAUGAUGGAAGGAGGAUCUCUCUUUCUGCUGGGAUUUCAGACGUGCCUGUUACCAAUGGAUCAUCCCAUGUUCUUGGGAGUAGCUCAUUACCUGUACUUGCAACUCAUAAAACCGAAGUGCAACAUUCUGAGCAACAAUCUUCUCAGCCCCAGCUUCCACCUGAUAAGGAGUCUGUUUUACUGCAACAAGUGUUGAAUCUAACACCAGAGAAAUUAAGUACCUUAUCACCAGAGCAGCAGCAGCAGGUCAUUCAGCUCCAGCAGGCUCUUCGGCGAGAUCAGAUGCAGCCCUCAUGACAGACAUGGACACAUGAAAAAAGCUCAAAUACACGGCAACUUAUUUGUGGCAAAGGUGGUCUUUUUUGCCUACUCAAUUUCCAGGAAUAUGGUUUGACAGAAACCAAGUCUGUCGCUUGUAUAUUAGCAUCUGCUGUAGAUUAAGUUGAGAAUAUCAAAAUUCUUUUGAGCACUAUUGCUUCUUUUCUUUUUUUUUUGUAAUUUGUUUUCAAAUUCCUUGUCCAAACAUUUGAUGUAGCAUUGAGGAGCUCCACAUGAGCGAAUAUGAAAUCCUUUAGAAGAGGUGUUUGUACAAUAAUAAUUAUGGCGAUGAAAAUUUUGGUC